AUGGAAGGAAGUCCCAUCGGUGGGCGCUUGAGAGCUUGCGCUGUCGGUACCGAACUCCGUCAACGAGUGAAGCUCGCAAACCCUACAUUCACAUACAUUCUAUCUCCUGCAGCAGCUCUCAGACCAUUCGACAGCCUGACAUAUCUCACGAGAUUAUACUCUCAGAAUACAUUCUUGCCAAGGAAUUGCGAGUUGGCGAGGAACCAAAAGUUAUUCUCAGAAGUUGGAAAGGCCGGAACUGACUUAAUGGUCGACCAGCCACACGGGGAACACUCAGAAGAAACUAAGGAGAAAGUCGUUCUCAUUCUGGUGGGAUUGAUUGGAUCCGGAAAGAGUACCUUUGCGGAAGCUUUAGCAAGGCACUUUGCGAAUUUCCAGAGGUGCAGUCAAGACGACCUCGGAGAUAGACAAGCAGUAGAAGAACUUGCCCGUCAGUCGUUAAGACAAGGCUUGUCGGUCUGUAUAGAUCGUACCAAUUUUAACGCUUCACAACGGCGGUAUUGGAUUGACAUUGCUCGCGAAUUCCCUGGAACUUCAAUAUGGGUCAUUGUUUUCAAUACACCGUAUGAGGAAUGUGCCGCCAGGAUCAGGAAACGUGUUUCGCACCCCACUAUUAAGAAUGUCGAGCAGGGGAUAUCUGUUCUGGCGCGAUUCGCUUCUGACUUCCGGACGCCCCAAGCUGAGGAGGGAUUUGACCGAAUGAUAUCCAUUGAAACAAUGUCUUACCUUGAACCUGUUUACUCUCGAACGGACGUCGCGGAUAUCCUCAAACGACUUCGUGAUUCACCACAGUUGUAUUCUCCCAGAAUUAUCAUCGCUUCUUCGCAUCUCGCAAUCCCGAAUAACGCUGUAGGCCGUGGCCCUUUCGAUACACUGACUAUGUUUUUGGGAAGAAAUUCAGACUAUCCUAUGCCGCAAAAUAGUCACAGGCGGCCGCAGCAUCAUCGUGGACGAGGCAGAAGGGGAGCCUGGCAACCUUCGGCCAUGGGAAGUUCGUCACCGCGCAUUCACAACGACACACUCCCUGAAAGGAGGCAAGGUGGCCCUACUUAUUUUCAGAGCGUCGAUUGA